AUGAACGAUGAUCUCCCGCCCGCCGUGCAGCACAUGCUCACGCACGUCCUGAAGGAGCUCGCCGCCCACCGCGCCCGUUUCGCCUCCGCACGCGCCAUUCCCCCGCUCCUGGUUGGCGUACAGGGUCCCCAGGGCAGCGGGAAGACAUUCCUCACUUCCCGUCUGCGCCAUGAGCUCUCCUCCCCACCGCACGCGCUCGCCGUCGCCGUCCUCUCCAUCGACGACCUCUACCUGCCCCACGCCGGCCUCGCCGCUCUCGCCUCGGCGCACCCGCAGAACAGGCUGCUGCGCGGGCGCGGACAGCCGGGGACGCACGACGUGCCACUGGGUGCGGAGAUCCUCGAGAGCCUGCGGCGCAUCAACGAUGGCGGCGGCGCGGUGAACAUCCCGCGCUUCGACAAGAGCCUCUUCGGGGGCGAGGGCGACCGUGCAGGUUCGACGCUCGUCUCCCCACCUAUUGACGUUGUCGUUCUCGAGGGCUGGUGUGUGGGAUUUUACCCCAUAUCGGCAGAGGAGAUCGAUCGGCGGUGGGCGCUGCCUGUGCAGGGUCUGGGCGAGGACUUCUUCGUGCGCCGCGGGUUCCGCAAGGAGGACGUGGUGGAUGUGAAUGAGAGGCUCAAGGAGUAUGUCGCGUGGUGGGAAUGCCUCCAUGUAUUCAUCCAGAUCAACCCCGCGGACGCGCAUCCGUACGAGUUCAUCUACAGGUGGCGACUGCAGCAGGAACACCAUAUGAAGUCGCUCAAUGGCGGGAAAGGCAUGACGGAUCAACAAGUUGAGAGUUUCGUAGAUCGCUAUAUACCUGGCUACGUCUUUUUCGGCGAAGGUGUGCUGAACGGCACCGUCGAUGCGAAUGGACAGCAGAAGCUCCCUCCCUGGAUCGGACACGGUCUGAAAGUACAGAUCGGCGAGAACAGGGAAGUCGUCGAUGUCACUCAAUUCUGA